UAUCCCUGAAGUUAUUAUUGUGAUGGGUCGAUUAAUACAUGUACUAUCGCUUUAAGAGGCGGUCUCUCUCUCUCUCUCUCUCUCCCGGAUUUCAGAGGAGGAAAAACAAAGGAAAGGAGGGAUUCGAGACUCAGAAGCUCAUGCUUUCCUCUGUCAACAGGGCUCAGUUUUUCUUACAUGGAUUACUGAGUUAUCUGGACUGUGUCGGACUUUGAAGAACAUCUCUGAGUUGGUGUUCAGGUCUGUAAACACGUUUGUUUAUCACGCACAUGCUCAGAUGUGUCAGGCUACAGGAAGUCUGUCCCAGUCGCUGCAUUCUUACUUGAGUACCUUUAUAAAGCCGAGACAAUUACGGGGGAUCUACUGCAACAGCCUGAAUCAUUUUACUGAUUGUCUACAAGAAACGAUCUGCAUUCAGGCAAACCGAACAACUAAAAUCAGUAAUGAUGGAGUUUGUGAAAGAGGAGAGUGAGAUCAUGAGUGAUCCAGAAGUCUGCAGAAUUAAACAUGAAGAUACUGAGGAACUAACAGAUCUGAUGGAAUUGAAGGAGGAAAGUCAAGAGCUGGAAAUACUUUCACAGACUGAAAACAAGUUCACACAGAAAAAUACUGACAGGGCAAAAGCCAAAAAGACUUUCACUUGCAGUCAGUGUGGAAAGAGUUUGACACGUAAAGGACACCUUAAAGAACACAUGAGAAUCCACACUGGAGAGAAACCGCACUCAUGUAAUCAGUGUGGAAAGAGUUUCACUUAUGCAAGCAGUCUCCGUGAUCAUCUACGACGCUAUCACUCUGGAGAAAGGCCAUUUAACUGUGAUGAAUGCGGUAAAAAGUUUAUUGUGCGAAAAGACCUGAAGAAGCACCUGAAAGGUCAUGCAAAGGAGAAGCCAUAUGUGUGUUCUGAUUGUGGAAGGAGUUUUGCACGAGUGGACACUUUGAAACAGCACCAGAAAACACACACUGGUGAGAAGAAUUAUAUGUGUUUAGAGUGUGUUAAGACUUUUACUAGAGUCAGCCAUUUGAUAGAGCACCAGAGGAUCCACACUGGAGAAAAACCUUACAAGUGUUCACACUGUGACAAGAGAUUCACUCUGUCCUCUCACCUGAAAAGACAUGAGAAGAUCCACACUAGAGAGAAAACGUACCACUGCCCUCCAUGUGGGAAGAUUUUCAAACAAUCAAGUCAUCUAACUAGUGUGUUGCUGUGAAAUUCUUGUCAAGUCUUGUAGAGAUCAUUUAAUUUUAUUUAUUGUCGCUGUCGUGUUCACGACCACAGAGGUAAUUUCCAAGUCUCUGCCAGGGUUCACUACCACAGAGGUCGUUCCCGAGACUCUAUCCAUGCCCAUGCCCACAGAGGUUGCUCCUGAGACUCUGUCCAUGCCCACAGAGGUCGCUCCUGAGACUCUGUCCAUGCCCAUGACCACAGAGGACGUUUCCAAGAGUCUGCCAGUGUUCACGACCACUGAGGUCGCUCCCGAGACUCUGUCCAUGCCCAUGACCACUGAGGUCGCUCCCGAGACUCUGUCCAUGCCCAUGGCCACAGAGGUCAUUCCCGAGACUCUGUCCAUGCCCAUGACCACAGAGGUCGCUCCCGAGACACUGUCCAUGCCUAUGACCACAGAGAUCGCUCCCGAGACUCUGCUCAUGUUCAUGUUGACUGAGGUCAUUUCCCAGUCAUCCUGGACUCUUAGCCUCGAGCCUGCCCCGGUGCUGUCUUCUCUGGCUUCGCCCCUCGAUCCUCCCAUGGCUCCGCCUGCCAUAGCUCCACCCCUCAAGCCUGCAACGGCUCCAACUUCCAUGGCUCUGCUUUCCACGACUCUAGUCUGUGGCCGUCAACCAGGCCCCCUGUUCCAGUCCCUACCCUUAGGUGGUCUUCUGGUUUUCCUGGCUGACCGCCUGAUCUGCUCAGGUCUAAUGGGUCUCCUGAUAAUCCACCUGAUCUGCUCUGGUCUUCUGGAUCUCCUGGCCAGCUGUCUGUUCUGGUCUCCUGGCCGUCUGCCUGAUCUUCUCAGGUCUUCUAUGUCUUCUGAUCAUCUGCCUGAUCUGAUCUGGUAUCCCUGGUCUCAUUGCCCUCUGCCUGAUCUGCUCUGGCUCCUGUGGUCUCCUGGCAAUUUGGCUGAUCUGCUCUGGUGUCCGGCUCCAUCUUGGCCAAGCCUCCCUGUCUUUGCCCUGUUCCUCUCAUCUCCUUGUCCCCCUUGAACUGCCUGUUUCCCUCUUUUCCCCACACCACAUGGACUAUUUUUUGUUUUUUCCUUUUUUCUGUAGCAUCUAGAAUCUGAUCCAUAGAGGGGAGGGAUAUGGAAAAGAGGAGAACAUUUUAGAAAUGUGACUAAUAGUCAGGGUUGGGGAGUAACGGAAUACAUGUAACAGGAUUACUUAUGUAAAAUACUAAAUAUAAGUAACUGUAUUCCACUACAGUUACAAUUUAAAUCAUUGGUAUUUAGAAUAAAGUUACAUUCAAAAAGUAGUUUGAUUACUGAAGAGAUUACUUUGCAUUUUAUUGGCAUUUGUUUCAUUUCAUAUUUAAACAUUUAUACAUAUAAAUGAUCCAAAGUGCAUCUGAACAGCUGUGAAACACUUUCUUAUGAUGUGUGACAUUCAUACGAGCAGACGUUUGAAGUACGUUUGAAGUAAGUUUGGAGCAGAAGAAAUAGAAAUAAACCUUGUGUAAACUGUUAACUUUACGCUAAGGUAAAAUGCUAUUUCUAGCCAUUUUACAUGCACAUGUGACCAGACACGAUCAUAUUUAUUAUCAAGAAAAUUCACGUUGGAUCAUAAUUUCUUUUUUCUAGUAAGAUCUUUGAUAUUAGGGCAAAAAUCAUAUUCUUAAUAAUAAUUUUUGGAUUGUUUUUUUUUGUAUAAAUAUUAAAAAAUCCUUAAAACAAGAUGAAUUAGAUAUAUCUUG